UAUAUAGAUGUGCUGCUUCUUCCAACCCAUCUGUUUCUUGUCAGUCCAUGUCUCAAGUUAGUUAAUCACUGCGGCUUGCUAAUCUCUACUCGAGUUCAGACAGUCCACAAACACAUCAAAAGCGCUCAAUCGAUGAGUUGACCACGAACCAAUUCAUCCACUGUUCGUCUCGUCGAUCGGAUCAGGUUGCGCCGGACGAACCAAAGGAGAGACCAACCAGCCAAGCUAGAUGGGCGCGUCGUCGUCGACAUCGAUCCACUCGGUGGACGUGGCGCAUCUGCUGUGCUGCACGUGCGUGGAGCAGUCGACGGUGGCGAUGGAGGAGACGUGCGGGCGGUACGACGCCGUGCUGUCCCCGGGGUGCCACUUCAUGCCGUGGUGCGUCGGCCGCCGGGUCGCCGGCUACCUCUCCCUCCGCGUGCAGCAGCUCGACGUCCGCUGCGAGACCAAAAGCAAGGACAACGUGUUCGUCACCGUGGUGGCGUCCGUGCAGUACCGCGCCCUCGCGGACAAGGCCUACGACGCCUUCUACCGGCUCAGCAACGCCCGGGAGCAGAUUCAGUCCUACGUCUUCGACGUGAUCCGGGCGAGCGUGCCGAACAUGAACCUGGACCAGGUGUUCGAGCAGAAGAACGAGGUGGCGCGCGCGGUGGAGGAGGAGCUGGCCAAGGCCAUGACCAUGUACGGCUACGAGAUCGUGCAGACGCUCAUCGUGGACAUCGAGCCCGACGAGGUGGUGAAGCGCGCCAUGAACGACAUCAACGCCGCCUCCCGUCUGCGUGUGGCGGCGGCGGAGCGCGCCGAGGCGGAGAAGAUCCAGCUGGUGAAGCGCGCCGAGGGGGAGGCCGAGUCCAAGUACCUGGCGGGCGUCGGCGUGGCGCGGCAGCGGCAGGCCAUCGUGGAGGGCCUCCGCCGGUUCGUGCCCGACGAGAAGAACGUCAUGGACAUGGUCCUCGGCACGCAGUACUUCGACACCAUCAGGGAGAUCGGGGCAACCUCACGCGCCGCGACCGUCUUCAUCCCGCAUGGGCCCGUUGCCGUACACGACAUGGCCGCGCAGGUCCGUGACGGCGUGCUCCACGCCGCCGCGGCCGCGCACGUCUCCGGCGCCGGAGCCAGGUGAUCGCCCGGCGCGCUCCUGUGUGCAUGCAUGCUUGUGUUCGAAACGUGACCACCCAUAUGUCUGUUUUGGAGUGUUGAUUUCUUCGUCGUAUGUACCAUGUGCUCACUCUGGACGAGUGAUAUGUCGUCUGCGAGGCGUGCUUGUGGUGGUGGUCGAGGGAUGGAUCCAGAGUAGAGUAAAUUGUACUAUUCGGUUAUCGUACCGCUGUCAUUUCGUAUUGUGCAAUAAAUGCAUUCAUAUAUCAUAUUUGCUCA